UACAAAGCUCUCGAGAUGUUUUUUAUAGCCUUGGUUACAGGAUCGCUGAGCUUCGUGACUGUCACAGGGAACAUCUUAGUCAUGUUGUCCAUCAAAGUGAACCGACAUCUACAAACUGUCAAUAACUAUUUUUUAUUUUCAUUAGCAUGUGCUGACUUGAUCAUUGGCGUCUUCAGCAUGAAUUUGUACACAGUCUACAUUAUUGUUGGCUACUGGCCACUCGGGCCUGUUGUCUGUGAUUUGUGGCUAGCCUUGGAUUAUGUUGUUUCAAACGCAUCGGUGAUGAAUUUACUGAUCAUCAGUUUCGAUCGGUAUUUCUGUGUGACAAAGCCCCUUACUUAUCCCACAAGAAGGACGACUAAGAUGGCAGGAUUGAUGAUCGCAGCAGCGUGGAUCUUGUCAUUCAUCCUGUGGGCUCCUGCCAUCUUGUUCUGGCAGUUCAUAGUUGGAGAAAGAACAGUGCCGCCUGGAGAGUGCUAUAUACAGUUCCUUUCUAACCCUGCGGUGACAUUUGGUACAGCUAUAGCAGCAUUUUAUCUUCCUGUUAUUAUUAUGACAGUCCUGUACAUCCACAUCUCCUUGGCCUCCAGAAGCAGGGUCUCCAAACACAAACCAGAGAAGAAGGAGAAGAGGGGAAUAAAGACUCCUAGUCUGUUGAAGAGUCACCUCUUAAAGCAGAACAACAACAAUGAGAGCAGUCCUCAGGCCAGUCCCCGGUCUACUCCCAAGCCCAGUCUGGACUCCAGCACUACUGUCCUCGAUGCUGUGAAGAAUGGCAGAUUAGAAGAACCUAAACCAGUUCAGCCUCCAGCCCAGCCCAGCCCUGGACUCACACAGGAGGAAAAGGAAAGCUCUAAUGAUUCAUCCACAGCUUUUAUUCCCCCAAAGGAGCCAAAGGAGAAUACCAACAGUAUGGCAACACCUGAGGCUGCAACAAAUCCCACUGAUGUUACCACGACAACAACCAAUCCCACUCUGGCUAAGGUCAACCCCUCCUCAAAGUGGUCUAAGAUCAAGAUCGUGACAAAGCAAGCAGGGGAUGAAUGCAUCACGGCUAUAGAGAUUGUUCCACCUGUAGAGGGAGGCGAGAAGCAUUCAAUUCCAAUCAACCGUCCACGGACAGUAGCAAGGAAGUUUGCAAGCAUCGCUCGAAGCCAAGUGAAGAGGAAAAGACAGAUGGCUGCCAGAGAAAAGAAAGUGACUAAAACCAUAUUUGCCAUCCUGCUGGCGUUCAUCAUCACAUGGACGCCCUACAACGUCAUGGUGUUGAUCUCAACUUUUUGCCAGUCCUGUGUGCCUGACACCGUCUGGGCUAUUGGCUACUGGCUGUGCUAUGUCAACUCUACUAUAAAUCCAGCAUGCUAUGCCCUUUGCAAUGCCACAUUCAAAAAGACUUUCAAGAACCUGUUGUUGUGCCAGUAUAAAAACAUAGGCACAAGAUGAGAUGGGAGGAGAGAAUGGAGGGAGGGAUAGAUGGGGGAAAGGGCAAAGCA